AUGGGGCUCGGGGCACUCCUCAAGACCGAGCAUCUGGAUGGGAUGCCAGCCGCAGACUGUGGCUGGAGCCCUGGGCUGGGCCUGUACCUGGGUGUCAGACCCAGUUUCCCGUGUUGCCAGCGCUCAGACCCGGUGCCUGCAGCCUCCCUGUCCCGGCUCCGACCCGCGCGCCCCGCCCACCUUCCCCUGCGGCCUGGAUCCUCUCCGUCCGCCCUCACCUCUGACCUUCGCCAUCUGCUCUCCACGCAGCGGCCGGGACGGCGCCUGCCUCGCUGGAUGCUCUUCCUGGACACCCGCAGCCCUUGCCCUCACGCCCUCUGGGGCCUCAGUGUCACAGCAACACUCAUCAACGGAGACGUGCCAGGGCUCCUGAGGGUGACCCGUGUGUUCCCCGUCGACUUGGCGGAGGCUCGGCUACAGAACCAGCGUGGACAGGAAAUCUACAAAGGAAUUGGGUUGCCAGGGAAGACAGCUCGGGGGGAGGGCUUCCUGGGCGUGAACCAAGGAGCUGCGGUGAACCUGACCGCGGUCACCCCAGAGAAGGCCAUCAAGCUGGCGGCCAGUGACUUCUGGCAGCAGCUCCUGGAGGAAGACGGGGUGCAGCACAAUCUGAAGCUGGAGAUGCUUGCCGGGUGUGGAGCUGGGCUGUGCCAGGCGGUGGUCACCUGUCCCCUGGAAAUGCUCAAGAUUCAGCUGCAGCGUGCUGGGCGCCUGGGCGCCCGGCCACGGCCCUCAUCCGCCAAGGAGCUGCUCCGCACGCAGGACCUGGUUGGGCUCUACUGGGGGCUGGCAGCCGCCCUUCUCAGGUGA